UAACACAUCACCAAAAUGAGUGAAAAUGAAGACCAAGGAGAUCCAACGAAUAUGGGUGAUUUAACAGGAGGCGUAGAAUAUGAGGAUGAUUUUGAAAAAGACCUUGAAUGGCUAAUUAAUGAAGAAGAUGAAGAAGAAGAAGAAAACCUUGAUGAAAGAGAGAAUCCUGAAGCACGAAUUGUUGAAGGUGAGGAUAGCUUUGAGGAAGACAAUGAGGAAAUGGAAGAAAAUCCAGAUCAGCUUUCAGAAGCAGAUGUAAAUGUGAAAGUGAGACCCUCCAAUGAAGAAAGUUUGGAAUCCAGAUCUGAUGUUAAACAGGGGGAUCAUGUAUCUGAUACUGAUAGUGAAAGCUCUAUCCAGGAAUCCAAGCUGGAAAACCAGCAGGAACUGGAUGAGGAAGAGGAUGAAGAACUAAAGCGUUACAUCUUGGAAAAGAUUGAACAAGCCAACAAAUUGCUGGAGAAUCAGGGUCCUGUGGAUCAGAACAGAGAACGGAAAUUAAAAUUUAAGGAUAAGUUGGUGGAUCUUGAAGUUCCUGCUCUAGAAGAUGUUGAAAUUUGUAAAACUGACUUUGCAAAAGGAGAUGAUGUUUCAAAUAGGCUGUCUCAGUUGUGUAUAUCUAAUGAAAUGGGACAGGAAAGCACAUCACUUUCUCCACAUGCUGACAAGAACAAUGAAAAGAAGGAUGGUGAAAUCUUAGUGGAAAAAGAUGGGAAGUUUGAACUCUUAAGUUUACAUGAUAUUGAAAGCCAGGGCAUUUUGCCCCCAAUAAGUGUUUCUUUUACUGAUAUUGAAACUCAACACAUGUCUCCAAAAUCUUCACCCUGUAGUCCUCCUGGUGCUGCUUCUCAAAUGAAGAAAGUACCUCCAGAAGGACCAGGAGCACAUACUUUUUCUCCUGGUGGAGAUGACUGUGUGUUUUUCCCAAAGCCUCCAUCUAACCCGAAGCAUCGUCCAAAUUCUGCCAUCAGUGCUUCAAGAGGUCUGGGAAAACAGAAGACUCCACAGAGGGUGCAGUCUGCCAGCAUGCCUGUGAGAAGCUCCACUUACUGUCUUUCUCCCAGACAAAAAGAAUUGCGGAAACAGUUAGAACAAAGGAAGGAAAAACUGAAGAAAGAGGAAGAAGAAAAGAAAAGGGAACAAGAAGAACAGAAGAGAAGAGAUAAUGAGAUGGUUUUUAAAGCUUGGUUACAGAAGAAGAAAGAACAAGUGCAAGAAGAAAAGCGGAUUCGUCGUGCAAAGGAGCUAGAAGACUUGAACAGCAGGGAGAAGGACAGGAAUCCAGAAGAAGCCUUCAAGUUAUGGCUUAAAAAAAAGCACCAAGAGCACAUGAAGGAAAAACAGUUAGAAAUGUUGAGGCGCCAAGCUGAGGGAAUUGCCUUUUUUCCAAGAACAGAGGAAUGCAACAGAGCCUUUAAAGAAUGGCUAAAAAGAAAAAGAGAAGAAAAACGAGCAGAAGAACUAGCUGCUAAAGAGAGAGUGAGGCAGCUUAGACUAGAAGCCAGAAGAGCAAAACAGCUGCAGAACAUCCACUGUAUUAAUUCAGAGCCAAAAUCCUUUCGCUUCACAAGUCAUUACAGUUGAAAGUUUGAUGUAAGAACA